AAAGACAUGCAGACUGAAGAGAGGGAGAGAGUAGGAGUAUGAGUAAGAGUGAGACACUGGACUUACAAGAUGGCGGAACAAGCAAUGAUGGAGUUGGAGAAUGCAACCCAAAUUGUUUUGGCUCCACCCGAUGUUGUCACUCCAGUACAAAGACAGGCUGCAGAGAAAGUUGUUCUAGAUUUCAGAAAAUCCAAAAUGCCUUAUUCCACAUGCAAGCAUAUUCUAGAAAAUUGCCAAUGUGACUAUGUGUUAUUCCAAGCAGCCACAACAAUUAAAGAAGGCGUCGUUCGCGAGUGGUUGCUGCUAUCUUCAGAGCAAAUAGAGUCCUUGAGAUCAUUCCUUCUUCGCUUCAUCACUCAACAUGUGAGUCUUCAGAGUUACGUGAGGGAGCAGAUACUACAGACGGUUGCUGUCAUCUUAAAGAGGGGUACCAUCGACGAGAAGGGAGCAAGCCGCGAGUCAUUAUUUGAUGACGUCACCCGUCUCGUCAGCAGCGGCAAUGUCACAAUGCAAUUGGUUGCCUGUUCCCUGUUAAUUGCUCUGUUGAAUGAGUAUGCUAGCGCUAGUCGAGCAAGUAGUGUUGGUUUCACUUGGGAGUUCCAUUUUAAAUGUAAAAGACGCUUUGAGGAGGAAGAUUUAAAGCGAGUGUUUUUGUUUGCCAUUCAAGUCCUCAAUGAAUUGGAGAAACAACCCAGUCCACUGAGUAGAGAGGCCACAGCUGUGAUGAACAGGUUGCUUUCCAUAGCAGAACAAGUCCUUAGUUGGGAGUUUACACCUAAAGCUUUUUUUCGUCGCUACGUUGGCUGUUUCGAGUCAACACAGAACGUAAUUCUACGUCCAAAUGACACUUGGCGAGACACUUUACUCGACGGUGACCUGAUGCAGCUUCUGUUUCGCGUACACAAGAAAGUGCGACACAAUUCAGAAAUGGCUCACCGUUCCAUGCAAUGCCUCACACAGCUGGCAUCACUGAGUGGACCGAUCUUUCCCAAUGACGCAGCACGUACACAGUUUCUGGCUUCGUAUAUUGAGAAUUUCCUACAUAUGUUUGGCAGCAUUGACCUCCAGUUCUACGAAUACCUCGGAGUUGCUCAAACCAUCAAGAAUCUUGUGCUUAUGUUUCCACUCGCUUGCUUCACUAGUUUAUCUGAGCAAUUAUUGAAUGCCUUCAUCAGCCAAAUGACCAAGCUGACCUGCUCCCUUUGUAAGAAAGCUGUACAUGAAGACCUGAUUAACAAAGAUGAAACGAUUCACAUGGAAGCUUACGAGCGGAUGCUGGAAGCAUGGAUGCAGAUAAUUUCCAACGCACGCAACUUUCCACUUGGCUUUCUGCGGUCACAAGCUGUUGAAGUGUUCAAUUCCUACCUACAGUGUCACCUCAGCCCUCCUGACGGAAUACGUAACCAGAUUUUAGGAAACGAUGUGAUUGAAGACGAUGAAAUUGAGGAACUCGACGAAGAUGACCGAGAGAAGUUUAAUGACCAACUGAGCAGCAUCGGUUCCUUGGGCCGCCUCGUUGCUGACCACACAGUCCCAUUGAUGGCCAAGUUGAUUGAGGACCGAGUGAACCAGUUCAACAACCAGCUACAACUACUUCAACAGAUGAGGGCCGCACAGAACAUGAACAGUUCCAACAUUUCCAUAAACGAGGAAUUGUUCAAGGUUCUGCACGAAGACUUGCAUUGGUUGAUUCUUAUUGCUGGUCACCUAUUAACAGAGGAGUGUGAAGGGGACACACCUUUGAUUCCUGCAGACAUCAUGGAGUAUUCCAUCUCACAGGAACCCUCUGUCAACCUUGAUAUCACCCUCAGAGUUCUUGGCAGCCCAUCGGAGCGGCUGGAGAAUAUUCCUGGGAGUGAACAAGGAACUGAUAAUGUGGUCAGGUUAGUGUCGGCUGUGUUUAAGGUGUGUGAUAUCCAUCGACAGGCAAUCGAGGCUCGUUUGGCCGACUGCCUCAGUCCGCAGGUGGGUAGCACUGUUAUGUGGUUUCUGCAACGAUGGGCAGUGUCAUACCUGUUACCAGAUGAAAGCUGUUAUCCUCAGAUCAGUAUGGCUAUAGUUUCCGCCUUUGGCCGGGACACAACUGCCUCUCAGUGGGCAGUCGACUUCCUCCUGGGGCGGAUCAACUCAAACUUAUCAAUAUGGAGUGCCGAGGAGCAACUGAUGAAUGACUCACUGCGGCUGUUGGUGGCCCUGGUGGAAAAUAAACCAAGGUGUAACCUAGUUGUGAAAUGUAAACAUUUGUGGGAUUUGGUGAAACAAGAAGCUAGCAACCAGCCCCCACUCAUCUUGUUGUCGCCAGCAUCGAAGCGUUAUCUCUUGAAGGGUCUCGUCUUGGCAGGAACUGCCUCCAUGGAAUCGGCACAGAAGGACGAAUAUUGGAAAUACGUAUUACAAUCGCUGCAUGAUCGGUUCUACCAAACCGUAUGCCAGGCCGACUUCAGCAAGGUGUGCCACACGGCAGGUGUCAAAGCUAGCAUCCUCAACCUGCUCGAGUCGAUGUGCGGCGUCGCCCUGGCAUCUCGUGUCGACAUAGUCCAGCAAUUAUUCAACUUCCUGCACCCCUUACUGGUGGAGACUGUCAAAAUAUUGGAUCUGUACCACAAUUACGAAGAUGUUGUACCUCUUGUACUGGAACUAUUCUCUGAAGUUGUCCAACGUCAGCUUUGCUAUCUCCCCGAGUCAGAUUCCCGAAAAAUCUAUGAACUUGCUCUGUCACUCAUCCAAACCUAUUCCAAACACAAUAUCACUCGGAAAAUUGCUGGAAUCAACGAUGAAGAGGAGGAGAAAUACUACGACAUCGUUUUACUGAUGGAGAUGUUAACGCAUUUAUUGUCUAAAGAUUUUAUAGAUUUCAGUGGCCCUGAACCAGAGACCUCCUCACCGCCACCAACGCAAAUCUCAGCCGCAGAAGUCGUCCUCUUUGGAUUAAACAUAAUCAUUCCACUUAUGAACUCUGAGCUGCUUAAGUUCCCCAAUCUCUGCAGCCAGUACUUCAAGUUAAUAACGUUCCUGGCAGAAUGUCAUCCAGAGAAAUUUUGUCUUCUUCCAGCAGAAUUGUUUAAAGCAUUCAUGGAUUCCGUACAGAUGGGACUUAAUGCAUAUGGCCCAGACAUUACCAAAUUGUGCCUUGAAAUAAUCGCAGCUCUUGCUUCUCACGUGUGUAACAAUGAUCUGAAUGGAUCGCCACUAUAUUUAGCCAUGGAGCUGUUCCUGAAGGUUGUGUUCCGACUUUUAUUACUGGAGAGCUUUGACAUGGAUCUCUUAGAAACAGCCAGUACCACAUUGUUCAGCCUUAUUUGCUGCCAUCAGGAAAAAUACCGUAUGCUGGUCAGCGAACUUCUGUACAGCCAAGAACUGCCAGCAUAUAAAGAACGGCUCCUGGCCGCAUUCAACCAGCUCACUCCAGCAACGCUCAAGUUGACCAUCAACCGACAGAACAAGAUCGCCUUCUUACAGAACUUUGAACAGUUUCUAAUCAACGUGAGAGGCAUUCUCUGUGUCAAAUGAUGCUUGUGAUGAUGAUGAUGAUGGUGGUGAUGAUGAUGAUGAUGAUGAUGAUCAUUGUGAUAUGACAUGGUGAUACUCUGGUGGUGAUAAUAAAAGAAAACAAA